UUAAUUGUCCCUACUCGUUAACUCCCUACUGCAACAACUCCGUUGAAGGGAUUUUCAAUGCACAGUUUUCCAUUUAUACCGGGUGACCCAAAAAAAUGGAAUCUAUACAAUAUGUUCCAAAUGGCCUGGGUUCCAUUUUUUUGUCGUGUCACCCUAUAAUACUAUAUUAAAUUUCUGUGAGCAAAGGGUUUUCUUAUUUUCAGAGCAAAUUGCCUUCUUCUUCUGUUUGCAGUAAUACUCAAACUGUUUCAUGUUCAUUUUUUUUCUAAUUUUUGCAAAAAAAAUCUUCUUUUUUUUCAUAUUUUUUAUAUUCACAGAAAUAAUAAAAAUAAAAACUUAAAAUACGGUGCAAACGUCUCAAAUUAUGGGUAAAAAAAGCAGAAGAGCAAAAGCGAAAAAAAGCGAUUUUCAAAAAGUAAAAUUGAAGGUCGGGAAGAAACGUCCAUUGCCGAGUAAUGUGACGGAAGUCGCGUUCAAAUCUCAAUCGAUUUAUAUCCCUGAUCAAAUGAAAAAUGUGAAAUUGGAGGAAGAAGAGAUUGAAGAAGAAAUCGUAGGGAAAAAGAACAUUCCAGAACUUCUUGGGCAAGUUGGACAUUUCAAUACAAAUUUCAGAACUGAUGCUUUGACUUCAUUACGAGUUCAUUUAUCAAAUAACAGGAAUCUCAUUCAAAAUCAUUUACCAAAAAUAUUUGAAAAAGUUUUACGAACAAUGGCUGAUGAAGAUCAACAAGUUAGGAAAUCAAGUCUCUCGUUUUUUCGACUUAUUUUUGCUGAAAUAUCUGAGCAAGAGAUGUCUCCAUUCUUCGAUAUAAUUCUCUCGCAUUUAUAUUGUGCAAUGUCACAUAUACAUGAUGAUGUACAAAGGGAUUCACUGCAGGUCGUUGAUCUUGUGAUUGAACACUUUCCAGGCUUACUUUCGGAGUCUCACAGGAACUCACUUCUCCAACAUUUCAUUGAGUUGAUUUCAACAAAGCAAACAACAUCAGCUGCCAGUGGGAAAGCUAAGAAUAAAGGUGUCGUUGGAACAACCAGAAUUCUGUCGAUGAAACUUUCAAACAAGGAAUCAUCAAUAUCCUGGAGAAACAGAAUUUUGAGUCGGUUACACCAACUUUUAACGACUUCAGAAUCACCAAAAAACACAGAAAACACAAAAAAUCAUCCAAAAUAUUUGGAAAAUUUGAUCAAAAAUAAGAAAAUUAGGUUCAAUGAGGAAAAUGGUGCUAUGAUACAAUGGAACUCAGAUGAUAUCAGCAGUGUUCUGACGGGAUUCGAGUCGCAGAAAUUAUUGAAGCCGGCAUUUUCACUCAGAUCCAUUUCAAUGAACACUUUAUCAUCCUUCACUCCUGAAGAUACAACCACGACACCAUGGCAACUGAUCACAACCAUAUUUCCACUGCUGUUUGACUGCUGGCAUGAAGCUGUAUCAGAUGAAUCAAAAAGUCUGAACUAUGAAUCAGUGACGACAAUGAAUCUCACUUUGAACAUCAUGAACCUGCUCUGUAAGAAAUUGAUGGAGACUGCAGAUAAUAAAAUGGCAGCAAUUGCUAACGUUCGUUCAACUUACAUGAAAUACUUUGAUCAAUAUUUUUAUUCCAACUUCCCGUAUCACCAUACUGGUGGAAGACAGAGUACUAAGAAAAAGAAGACGGAUGAAAACGUUAAACAGGUUACAACCGCAGACAUUCAAAGCAUCAACCUAUCCAUAUGUCAGCUUGUGUCCUCUCUUACAGCAGAUAUAUACCUGAGUGAUGACGGCCAAAUGUUAUCCAGUGUUGCCACAUUUGUGUCUAUGUUGUUGAUGUCAGCAGGUGGCAGUAGAGGAUCAUUUGUUGAUUACAAAGCUUUGGAUCAAUGUAUAUCCUGCACGAAGAGCUUACUUGACAUUUCUGCUGACCAAGCAACUAUUGAAAACCUGUUGCAACCCCUUCUGAUCUUCUACCAGCACAUGAACGGAAACUCCAAAGACAAAACAACGCUUUUAAAGUUCUUUCUUGAGCUUUAUUCUGACGAAAAGAAGAAUUUCAUUUCUGAUGCUCCCACGAUGACAGAAUGGUUAUGUUCACUGCCUGAUCUACUAAUGACCAUUCUUCAUAAUAAAGCAAGGAAUUCAAAAUCUGCUGCUAGAAAGGAUGAAUCUUGUAUAAACAGCCAGUCAGGUCAUCUCCAUCUUCUGAUAUCAUGUAUGCGUCUUGCAUGUCUUCGAAAAAGCGAAGAAUUCCAACGGCAAAUGGAGUCCCAAAUCAGCCAUAUUCUAGAGAUCUUGAAACUCAAUCUCAAUCAAAUUUUCUGUUCUUCUCCAGAAUUAUCUGAUCAAGUUGGAAAAGGGUUUAGCUGUGAUGUUUGCAGUGAUCUACAGGCAAGAUUAUUCGAAGUUUUGAUCUACAAUUCAUCAUUCCUGAUUGAACAAAACGUCACGAUGUUAUCUCACAUUUGUCAUCAGCUUCAAAUAUCACCCAAAAUCGUUUGUUACAUCACACAAAUGUUUAUUUUACAAUUCCGGAAAAGUUCAAACCCAGAGAAGUUCGUACUCAUGAUGAAAUUCAUCUGUUCUAUACUCCUAGGUAUUUCAAGGGAAGAGCUCAGUGUGAUACAAUCAACCAGUGUCUCAGAGGAUUGUGACACCACUAUUAAAAUUAUGGGGAUGGAUUGUGAUGUAAUAAAUGAAUUUGAAAGACAGAAAAUAAUUGUUGAUAAAUUAUGUGAAUUGUUACCAACAAUUGAUCAUAUGUCACAAUUGAUUCAACAUUUCAUUUGUGAUAAAAUAAUGAGCAAAUACAACACACUGCCUAUCAAGUCAACUUAUGCUAUUCUUAAGGUUGGGAGUAUGAUUUUGCGAUUAGGAAAACUGGAAGCACUGCAAAGUCAAGGUCUUGUCAAUGUUCUUGGAAAAUUAACCGCAAGUACCUUGAUGGAAAUGUACAAUGUUACAGAAACGAAUAAAAAUUCAUACAUUGUAAAAAUCAUGUCAACUUUUGUAAAUGUAUUAUUUCAAAAUAAUGACGUUUUGAUGAAGUGUGUGGAACUGAUUGGAAAGUUAGACUUUGCUGACGUGACCGUUUGCCAGACAGUCUGUGCUUUAAUGAAUGAUUUAAUGCUGAAUGUUGGACUUCAUGAAAAAUUACUGCUCAAUCAAAAAACAUUGAACAAUCUCAUGGAAAAUAUGAAGAAAUCAUGUGAAGACAUCACUUCUACAAAAUGGUUCAAAUCAACAAAUAACAAUUUCCACGUUUUGUUGCAAAAUAAAUCAUAAGAAAAUCAUGCUUUUGAA